AUCUAAGUGCAUGUCUGUUAGUAGCUUCUGAACACUAAACUGAAAUGUUUUUAAGCAGUAUAUACAAUGCUUUUUAAUGCUUGCACAUGAAAGGUUGUUGUUAAAUGAAAACAUGUCUUCAAAGGCAUACUUUCACGAUGGCCCUGAAAACCCUGCACAUCUUUCUGCAAACACUUUAAACAGCAAAUAAUGCAUGUGAUCUCGUGAUGCCCUGAUCUAGCCUUUUCUACCAGUGGAAAUCAUUAUGGAAAGCUCCAAGAAACAUGUGACUUUACCAUUUCUUUUAGGUUUGUAUAUUUUGUUCAUUAUUUUUGUUAUUUCUGAGCCAUGUAUUGAAUUCUCUGGUUGUGUGUGUGUGUAACAUAACUGAGCAUUCACUGAGUUAUUUUAAAGGAUUGACACAAAACAGAUUAAGAGGAGGAGUUAAUGAUAUGAUGAGCUCCUCUUAAUGAUAUUCAUCAUUUAUUUGGAGGGAUUUCACAAGCUUCCUGCAUCAUACAGUCGCCAUGAAUCUCACACUGCAGUUAUGUCUCUUGAUGACUUUUCUAAUCUGCACAGUGCACAGUGAUGUGGAGCUGCAUCAGAAAGUCGCAAUGACAAAAUCUACCACUAAGCUCGCCAAGAUAGAAUGUACCUUCUCCUCAGAGUGUAAAUUUUAUAUUCAAUGGUAUCAGAAGAAAGACGCCGAACCUUUCAAGAGAAUUCAAUAUGUGGACAUCAAUAGUGCAGCUCACAGUAAUGACCAUGGCUUUGGGUACUUAAAAUCAGAGAAGACAGCAAGAAAUAAGUUAGCUCUGAUAAUCCCCAAUGUAAAGCCUGAGCAUUCAGCAACAUAUUAUUGUGCCUGCUGGUGUGUCUCUGGAUACAUUUACACCUACAAAGUAUUUGGAUCAGGAACACGGCUUAUCGUCACUGACACCCCGGUGAAAGAGCCUCAAGUGUCCACGUUCACAGUGUUUAAGCCCGAAAAUAAUGAGAAGGCUGUACUGCUGUGCCAGGCGAGAGGCAUGUACCCUGACCUGGUGAGAUUCACAUGGCAAGCAGAAGAUCACAAUAAACAAAAUGUUCAACUGGGAAAUGAUGAGCAUCUGGAGCAGAGAGAGGAGGAUCCGGAAGUGCGAAUAACCAGCAUGCUGAUCAUAGACAAACAGAAAGCAGAAAACAAUAAAUUCACCUGCACGGUUCAACAUGACAGCAGUGUUAAAAACAAGAAAUUAUCCAUUCCAACAGAUGAAGACAUUCGUAAGACUAAGCCAAAGCCUUCUACCAACUGUUCAACCCAUAUAGCAGUAAAAGGAGUGGAGGAUGAAGAAGAGGAAAUCAGUAAUUUUGGUUUGUUUGCACUCAGCCGCAGUCUGUAUCUGUUCAGUGUGACGUAUGUGAUACUGCUGGUGAAGAAUGUCUUUUAUUUCUGCACCGUCUCUGUCUUACUGUGCAUGAGAAAUCCUGCUAACAUGGAGAUGAUUCGAGGCAAAGGUCACUGAUCAGCCAAACAACAUGACUUCUUUUUUGUCCGUAAAUGGGUCUCAUUCAUUUGACAAUUCUUUUGCCUACAGUUUACUUUUACCAUGUCUUUUACUAUUUGUGUGUUUAAAUACGUUGAAGACUCAAAUCAUUUAAAUUGUUUUUUUUAUUUAUUUCCACCCGCUUCUAUGCUAUUUCUACUCAUUGAUGAUACCAACUUAUAUUGCUUUUCAUUUAUCUUGUUUUUGCCUUGAUUAUUAAAGCUGAACAAUUGUUUUAUUAAAUUAUUUUCAAAA